UUGCAGCAGUCGUGUCAAAGUUCACUAUAUAGAGAGCUCAGUGAGCUGAUCAGAGAGAAAGCAUUCUGCCAGCCCGGCUCCUACCAAUCGCAAAUCACUUCCUAACCUCCGCCUUUUUUAACAUAUUUGAUCACUUUGAUUCUCUACUCCUUUUUCCUAUUAUUUUUCAAUGCACGGAGAAGGUUUGUAGGUUGUGAUCUUAGUUUUUUGUUUUUUAGUGCAUUCGCUUUUUUUUUUGGAAGAGUUGUCUUCAUAUUCCAGGCUCUCCAAAAACAUUGGCUUCAGCUGCGCGCUUGCUGGCGCUACCUCACAAGAAGAAAAGGAAGAAGACGCGAUUUUUUUUACCCAGUUGGUGAUUUUCUUCUUCAAGACUUGUGCUGGAACUUGAUAGUAGCUGCUACAGUGUGCUCACCAAUUGUUUUAUGCUGCUGCAGGCACGGUCUUACCAACCCUGCUCCAUCAUUCACUGAAUAGUCCAUGCUACCUCGGCUUAUUAUUUUAAUAUUUAGCCUACAUUUCCCAUUGAUGGGUGUACUGGAUGGCUGACUGUAAGCGCCCCUGGACUUGGCCUUUAAGCGCAAGGCAGCGACUCAGCUCGCCAUCGCAUCAGUUUUGAAAACGUGCUUCGCAACGUCUCCAACAGCAAUAAAUCGACAGUUAUCAGGAGAUUCUGAGUGGAUUCAACGUAGGUUAGAUCUGACAUUUUGUGUGUCCGGCUGUUAAUCACAGUUUACCGCGUUUCCUUGAGACGUUAUUCACCGCGACACCAACACGGCAGACAAAAAGUUUCUUUACGUUGACUGAUAGAUAUGGCAAUGGUAGUGUGGAGAGGCUCCCAGGACGAUGUGGCUGACACCCAAGGCACCCUUUCCUCGCAAACCCAAGGAGGACUAUCUCUUCCCACCCCUCAACCAGGCCAGUUGAAUCUGACAGCCUCUCAGGUCGCCCCUCCGACCCCUCAGACUCCGGUCCAAGGACCCCCGAACAACACACAGUCCACGCCGACGAACCAGACGACGCAGCAGUCGGAGAAACAGCCACAGCACAUUGAAUGCGUGGUCUGUGGGGAUAAAUCGAGUGGCAAACACUACGGCCAGUUUACUUGCGAGGGCUGCAAAAGCUUCUUCAAACGGAGCGUACGACGGAACCUCACUUACACAUGCCGUGCCAACAGGAAUUGUCCAAUCGACCAACAUCACCGCAAUCAGUGUCAGUACUGCCGCCUCAAAAAAUGCCUCAAAGUCGGCAUGAGACGGGAAGUUUCUCUUUUUACUGCAGCCGUGCAAAGGGGACGGGUGCCACCCACACAGCCACACCACGGUCAGUUCGCCUUGACAAAUGGAGACCCACUGCACUGCCAUUCCUACUUAUCCGGAUAUAUCUCUCUUCUGUUGAGAGCGGAGCCCUACCCGACGUCUCGGUAUGGCAGUCAGUGCAUGCAACCCAACAACAUAAUGGGCAUCGAGAACAUUUGUGAACUAGCAGCCAGGAUGCUCUUCAGCGCCGUGGAGUGGGCCAGGAAUAUUCCCUUCUUUCCAGACCUUCAGAUCACCGACCAGGUGGCUCUUCUGAGGUUGACGUGGAGUGAGUUAUUUGUGCUCAACGCCGCGCAGUGCUCCAUGCCCCUGCAUGUGGCUCCUCUCCUGGCGGCGGCUGGCCUUCACGCCUCCCCCAUGUCUGCGGACAGAGUGGUGGCCUUUAUGGACCACAUUAGGAUCUUCCAAGAACAAGUGGAAAAGCUCAAAGCUUUGCACGUUGACUCUGCUGAAUAUAGCUGCUUAAAGGCAAUUGUGCUCUUCACCACAGAUGCUUGUGGCCUCUCAGAUGUGGCCCAUGUGGAAAGUUUGCAGGAGAAGUCCCAGUGCGCCCUGGAGGAAUAUGUCCGGAGCCAGUAUCCCAACCAGCCAACACGGUUUGGGAAAUUGUUACUCCGCUUGCCUUCCCUCCGCACAGUCUCUUCCUCGGUCAUAGAACAAUUAUUUUUCGUCCGAUUGGUAGGUAAAACCCCAAUUGAAACUCUCAUCAGGGAUAUGUUGCUUUCGGGGAGCAGUUUUAACUGGCCUUACAUGUCAAUUCAGUAAACCAAGAAGGAGACGAACAGACAAAAGGUGGGGUUGGGGGGCUUCGAGACUACAAAGAUUAUAGCUGCUUUUGUGAAAGGAAUAAAAAACCAACCGGCUGUUACACGGGGCUGGCUUUCAUGAAGAAAGACAUUGACGUAGAUGACUGUGAAUUCCCCCCUUCUCCAAAAAAAAUUGAGACAUCCACUGAACUUUCAAAAUGGCAGAUACAAGCUCCCAGUGUUCAUGCAGAACAACCUGCUCCGAUCCAUUUUUUUUUUAAUGAAAGAAGAAAAUGAGGAAAAAAAGGAAAGGGGAUUUUGUUGAUCCUUAUAAGGAAAAUUUAAGUAUUAAGUGCAUUUAAAAAUGAUAAUUUGGGUAAAAAGAAAAAAACUGGAGAAAGGGAAAAUAAGACCCGUGAAUUUCCAUUUCUCAAAUGACUUGUCCUGUGUCCAUGUAUAGCUGUGUUUUGUACUUUCUUUGUUCCUCCUUUCUGGUUCCAAACCGGCCUAUGUGAUUUCUGUAGUACAGGUGGUGUUAUUUUCUAAGACAAUGAUUUAUUUUGAAAAGGUGUAAAAAAAAAAAUAAUUAAAAAAAGUUCUAAAAAGAAUUAAAACCACAGCAAUAGGAGUAUAGGCUAAUAAUCUAUAGGCUUAAUGCUGCAAGCGCACUUAUAUUCUUAGGAUGACCAAUACCAUCUGGGAAAAGGGAGUUUUUGUUCAACUUUAUGACCCAGCGGAAACAGUUUUGCUCUUUAUUAAUAUGAAGUUACACAAUCCAGUUUGUUUUCCAAAAUUUUUUGCAGAAAAGUCUUCCCCAUUUCCUCCAGCUUUGAAUAGUUGGAAUAUGUUCUCCAAUUAGACACAAUGAAAAAAAUCCUACAAGUUGCCUAUCCUGCUGUUAGAAAGGUACCUACAGGUUGCUCUUAAUGUGUUGUAUGUGCAUUCAAGGGCGUUUGCAGUGGCUCAAACUGCACUAAAAAGCAUAAGUGACUUGUUUGAGUAAAAAAAAAAAAAAAUGGGCGAGGUCAAGGGUCAUAAAAGUUUGAAGCCUAGCCAGAGUAGUGUUUAAUAGCAGUAUUAUUAAAGCGUCCCUGAAAUGUCAACCUUUUAUUCACUUCAAGCAUUAAGUGCCUGACAAGCAUGAUGUGAUUUCUCAUCAAAACGUUGUUAAAGUAGGCCGACAACAUUUUGGAGGAACACAAUUAGAUUUGAAACUUCAGUCGUGUAUUUCACUUGAAAAACACUGAUUAGAGGCAGUAUUCUUGUAAAUAUAGGUCAAUUCAUUUCAACGAGUUUUUCCUUUAUACAAAGUAUAUGUGAUUAAGAAAAAUCUGUGGUUGCCAUUUUUUUUCUCGGUAAUACAACGUCUUCAAAAUUGAGUGGCAGACUUAGCUAGUAGCACUGAAAUUUAUGUUUUUAAUGUAUAUACAUAUUACUACAAAUGUUUUCUUUUUCAUGUAUAUUUAGACUGUGAAUGCAUGGCCACAGGUCGCUAACCUAUUUUACCUUUGAUAUAUAAAUGUAAAUGUUUUCUCUCUCUUUUUUGACUGUAUAGAUAUAAUCUGUGCAUUCAGUACACUAGCCCUUGUAUUUAAAGAAACAAAAAAGAAAAGAAACGACGUUCAUUAUUAGGCUACAGACUUAAACAGGGUGAGCAGGUUUGAGAAAAGGAGUUGCUAUUUUAACUUUAGUGUUACUGCUCCUUUGGUCUUUGACAGGUGCCGUGGUGUGCGUGUGCGUGAACGUGUGUGUGUGUGUGUGUGUGUGCGCGCGCGUGCGCGUGUGAGAACGUGUGCGUGCGUGUGUGUAUUUGGAAGCUAGCAAUUUUGUCCUUGUUUUGAGGCUUUUCUUCAACACACACAAAAACACCAUGUUGUGGUUGAAUUAAAAGGGAUCACUGAUUGAACACUGAUCUUUGGCUGUUCGUAGCCACAUAUGGACCAGAGAAUGAUACAUGAUUGUAAUUAUGAACAGUUUAAACUGACCCACGUUUUUAUAUAAAUAUAUAAAAAUAUAUGACUGCAGGGUAUUGAUAACGUAUAGAUACUUUUUUUAUGAUUAUUAUUAUUAAUUGCAAGUGAUAUAUGUGAGUGUGUGUGAAAGUUUAUAGUUGAACACAAUUCUUGUUUGUUUGUGUUAGCUUAUUGUAAACAAGCAUUCUGCUGUAAAUUUGUUCUUGGUAUUAAAUUAUAAUUUAUGAAUUUGAAA